GUUUUUGUUCGCUAAACACUAAAAGAGGUACACUGAAAUCGGCAAGUUCAAACGUGAAAUCCAUUCUAUUGAAAUUACUUAAACUUUUGCAUACGUGUAAAAAACAAAAAGUUCUAAAGAUGAAAUCUAUUAUUUUCCUAAUAUCGUUUUCUAAUUUUAUUGUAUCAUUUGUUGAUGGAGGUAACUCCUGUAAAUGUUAUCAAGCUCCGACAACAGUAGAAGGAAGUGAGGGCGUAGUUGAUGAAGGAGAUAAUAAUAGACUUGGUGGUGCUGAAAUUGAUGAAACCGAAACAUUCGUACUUGAAAAUGUGCUGAGCUAUGAUCAAGAUUAUAGGAAGGAGGUUUUAGUUGCAAAUGCAUUUAUCGAGCUUGCGUACAAUAAGAAUGAUUUAAUUGUAGGAAACAAUUCUGGAAUAAAUGGAUUGGAGCAUGUAAUUAAAUUAAUGGUUGAAGAUUUCGUUCAUUACGAUGAAUUCGUCAUAAUGAAUUUAAUGAUCGCUGUACCGGAUAAAACGGAUCUUCUCACUCUUAUGCAUUACAGUGGACACGAUGAUAAUAAAACGAGGUUGAAGAAUUACCAGAAAGAUAUGGGACUUAAAAUAUCAACUGUAUUAGGACUUAGCGAUACUGAAAUUGAAGAAAUCAAAAGACUUGGCGAUUUUGAAAUUGGUGAAACAGAAAGACUUGGCGAUCUUGAAAUUGAUGAAACCGAAAGACUUGGUGGUUCUGAAAUUGUUGAAACCGAAAGACUUGGCGAUCUUGAAAUUGAAGAAACCGAAAGACAUGGUGAUUCUGAAUUUGAUGAAACCGAAAGACUUGGUGAUACUGAAAUUGAUGAUGCCGAAAACAUAGAAACCAUUGCACAGACGAGAAGAGACUGUACUGGACCAGCUAUAAAAAAUAUAAUCCGACGAGUUUUAGAUGAACCCACGCCAGCUGUACCGGAUAAUCCCGCUUUAAAAUUGAUGUGUCGUAUGUUAGGAAUAUUGAGGAGUACACAAUUUCCAACAGAGUAUAUAACCAUGGUUAAGAUGGAUUACAGUAAACAUAUUUGUAUCCUAUUACAUAACACUACACCAUAUAGUUACACAAUACGACGUGGCGUAUGGGGGCAAUUAAUGCGCAACAAUUUAUUUCAACCACUUGUGGAGCAGUUAGAAUAAUUUGGACCAGUAAUCAACGCCUAAUAUCUAAAUCAGCUCUGUUUACACUAAAUUAUGUUCAAUAUUGUUAAAAUAUAAUUAUUUAAAAAAACUGUAAAAAUAAAAAUCCCAAUGGCCUUUUCAAAUGUAACUUGAGCCACGGGAUAGGACGAUUAUUAGGGUAAAAGUCAGUAAUUACACAACGUAUCGGCGGAUUUUCUGUUUGUAUUUUAAUGUAACACACAAAUACACGAA